AUGCCCACUAUCUGCCUUUGCCUCCGCCUGUACCAAACCCAGUCCAACCUACUUUGCGACAACGAGAUCCUCGCCGCGAUCAAGGGGGAAGAGGUUCCCAGUGACUCCAUGUCAGAAAGUUGGGGUUCUCUCUUCAAGACUGAUGAUCUCUCCUCGGCGGAGUCGCGAGAAAAACGGACUUACCCUCCUGCGAACUAUCGGUACCUCAGUCAGACGCAGCUCAGGAGCAAGAUGUUCCAAAACAGCGCGAAGAGUGACCGACGGAGCAAGUUUACCCUGUCCUUAGACGUCCCCACUAAUAUCAUGAACAUUCUCUUCGACAUCGCCAAGUCCAAGAACCUACGCGCAAAAGCUGCGGACAAUGCGCGGCUGAUGGCACAGAUUGGACGGAGAAAGUGA